AUGUAUCAAAUUCUAGUGCAAAAACUAAUUCUAAUCACACAUGUGAUUAACCUGAGAACUCAAGGAUUGUACUUUACGAGAGUUAGCAAGCAAUUGAGGCAGCAAUUUGGAGAACACAAAGCCAAGAGAUUGUUGUCCACAGCUGUUUAUCUUUUUUCCAUUGCAUCCAAUGACUAUGCAUCCCCUUUCAUUAAAAACCCCAUGAAUGUCACUCUUCCAUACUCUCCAGAAAAAUUUGUAGAUUUCGUCAUUGGCAACAUUACAACAGUUAUCAAAGGAAUUUACAAUGAAGGUGGAAGAAAAUUUGCGUUUCUAAAUGUUCCUCCUCUGAGUUGUGCUCCGUUACUAAGGACAUUCGUGAAUGGAACAACUAUAGAAGCAUGUCUUCAAGCACAACCUUCUGCUCUUGCAAGACUACACAAUAUUGUUCUUUCCAGAUCUUUUCAAAACCUAGAAAAACAACUAAGCGGAUUCAAAUACUCAAUUUUUAACUUCUAUGAUGCAAUUCUGGAAUUGGUCAAGUACCCUUCAAAAUAUGGUUUCAGAGAGGGGAGUGUGGCUUGUUGUGGAGGUGGACCCUACAGAGGAGAUUAUAGUUGUGGAGGGAAAAGGGGUAUCGAAGAAUUUGAAUUAUGCAGUGAUCCUGGUGAGAAUGUGUUCUUUGAUUCUCUUCAUCCAUCUGAGAAAGCUGCUGAACAUUUCGCUCAGCUAAUGUGGAAUGGUAACAGAGAUGUGAUUGAGUCUUACAAUCUGAAGCAGUUGUUCAACUUUUAA